GGAAUGUUCAGCAGCUGCACAGCAGGAGAUGAAUGGCGGCCGCGUGGGAGAAGCCCUUCCGGAAUGUUCUCGGCUCCUGUUCUUAGCCGCGCGUUGGCCCCGGAUUCCCAAUAAUCCCGAGAGAGACGCGGAGACGCCCUGGGAGGAUAGGCCGCUGUCGUGAAUUUGCUCGCUCAAAAUGGCCGCCGAGCAGGGAGCCGAGCUCCAGGUCAAGCUAGAGCAGGUGGCGCUGUUGGAGGAGAGGGAGGAGGAGGAGGCGGCGGCGGCAGGCCCUACAGCAGAGAUGGAAAUGGAGGAGCAGGAGGCGGCUCGCCCCACGGCGGAGGAAGAAGGGGGGAAUGGCUUUAGUGUCACCCAGGCCGGGGUUAACAGGGCUUUUCUGCCGAGGUUGCCAAGUAAACAAAUGAAACCUGAGCCCAGUGAGGGGACCCUUCUGUAUGGAGAGGCCCAUUGGCAGGCGUUCCCAAGGACAGUGGAGUCUCCUAGCUCGGGCGUCUCAAGCCCGCAGGGCCUGGGGCCCUCUCACCAGAUGGGGCCCCAGACAUCUCCAGCCUCUUUCAAGGCAGAAGCAGAAGUCAGGCGGUGCCCCACGGAAGAGCGGGAGACCCAAACCCAGCUGGCCUUCGGCGGAGGAUCCGAAGAGGCCCACGGAAACCUGGAUCCCUCCGGGCAGCCAAAGGAAGAGGUCCCGGACGAGGACGCGGUGCUCUUGGAGAUCCGGCGCCAGCAGUUCCGGCAGUUCCGUUACCGGGAGUCUGAGGGGCCCCAAGAGGCCUGCAGCCGCCUCUGGUUCCUCUGCUGCCGGUGGCUGAAGCCGGAGAGGCACACGAAGGAGCAGAUCCUGGAGCUGCUGAUCCUGGAGCAGUUCCUGGCCAUCCUGCCCUCGGAGAUGGAGCGCUGGGUGGUGGAGGGAUGUCCGAAGUCGUGCGCCCAGGCGGUGGCCCUGGCCGAGGGCUUCCGGCCGAAGAAGCGCAAGGCCGAGAGGCCAGAGGAGCAGGUGCCGGUUGAAGAGGGAGGCCCGGAUUUCUCUGUGGCUGAACGGGCUCCUUUGGACCGCGAGCAGAACCAGGAUUUCCAGGAAGGUGAUGCUGGAAUUUCCAGCUCUCUCGGUGCUGAGCCCAUGAGUACGAAUGGGGAGAGAGAUCAGCCGCAAGACUCUCCUGAAGAGGAAGCAGACGGGGUCGCAAUGGGCAGCCCGGAAGAGGACACUUCCCAGCACGAUGAGCCUGCAGAAGCUUCCAGAACUUGGCCAGAACCUGAGGAGCGUCCAGGAAGUUCCCCGGGAGAGAAAGUAGGAAAACCCAUUCCUUGCGAAGGUGAGAAGCCCUUCGGUGAAACGGCUGGCCAACAGAGAACCUGCACGGUGAAGACCGAGGGUGCUGGUGCGGUUAACGACGGCGGCUUUCCUGACAACUCGGAAAUCAUUGAGUUUCAGGUGACCCACACGGGUGACAUGCCGUACAAAUGCUUGGACUGUGGGAAGAGCUUCAAUUACAGCACCAGCCUUGUCAGACACCAGAGAAUCCACACAGGAGAGAAACCGUACCAGUGUUUGGACUGCGGGAAAUGUUUCUGCCAAAGCUCGGGUCUCACUAUUCAUCAGAGAAUCCAUGCCGGGGAGAAAGCCUACCAGUGCCUGGACUGCGGCAAAAGCUUCCGGGUCAAGUCGCACUUAAUCAGGCACUCCAUCAUCCACAAGGGGGAGAAGCCGUACAAAUGCGCGGAGUGUGGCGUCAGCUUCUGCGAACGGUCAGAGCUUAGGAUCCACCAGAGAAUCCACACGGGAGAGAAGCCGUAUAACUGCGCCGACUGCGGGAAGAACUUUUGCCGGAAAGCAGAUCUGACCCUCCAUCAGAGAAUCCACACGGGGGAGAUGCCGUACACGUGCCUGGAGUGCGGGAAAGGCUUCCGUUGGAGCUCGAACCUGAUCACGCAUCAGAAAACCCACACGGGGGUGAAACCUUUUGAGUGCACCGAGUGCGGGAAGAGCUACUAUUCCAACAUGAGCCUUGUUAGACACCAGCGCGUCCACACUGGGGGGACCCCGUACAUUUGCUCCGACUGCGGGAAAAGCUUCUGCGACAGCACCAGCCUUACCAGGCACCAGAAGAUCCACACGGGAGAGAAGCCGUACGUCUGUAUGGACUGUGGGAAAAGCUUCAACCGGAACUCAAACCUCAUUUCACACCAGAGAACCCACACGGGAGCCAAGCCGUUCCUGUGCGCUGACUGUGGGAAAAACUUCAGGUCGAAAUCAGAGCUUCACAGGCAUUACACAGUCCACGUGGGGGAGAAAAGCCAGAAGAGUUUGGCCGGCGCUGAUCCAGACGUUCCUGCACAAGAGAAAACAAACAGCAAGUUGGAAACGAGUAGCGAGGGAAGAGAGACGCCUGUAAACUCUUAAGAAUGUAAUAACGCACGCAAAUGAAUUAGUCUGCCGGUCCCUCCACUUUUGA